AUGUGGAUUGGGAUUGCCGUCGCAGGAGGCCGAGCGGAGCAUCUCCAGCGAUCCCUACACAAGGACCAUGGUCCCCUUGUCCGCAUCGCCCACGACGAAGUCUCAGUGGCAGACCCGUCGGCUGUCAAAGUCAUCUACAACAUCAAAUCCGGGUUCACCAAGACGGAUUUCUACCCGCCAUUCGCUCCCAACAUAAGUCCACACGGUGACCACUUCACACAGCUCGACGAGGCCAAGCACGCCGAACGGAGGAAAUACGUUAACGCGGUGUACUCCAUGUCCACGAUCUUAGAGAGCGAGACGUAUAUCGACGCAUGUACGGAUGUCUUUCUCGAGAAUAUGGCCCGGUUCGCCGAGACGGGGUCCAAGAUCAACUUUGGCGAAUGGAUACAGUGGUACACCUUUGACGUGAUCGGCGAACUGUUUUUUGGGCAUCAAUUCGGGUUUAUGCGCGAUGCGCACGACUACGGGCAAUAUAUCCAAAGCUUGGACACGUUGCUUCCCGGGAUCGCACUGUCGUGCGUACUGCCGGCGUGGCUACGGCCCUUCCAUUCGACCGUGGGAAUGCUUUUCCCGACGAUCCGGGCCUCAAUCCGGGGAUUCGACGAGAUUCGUGUGGCAGGGAGGUCCUGGACUGAUGUGCGACGGCGGCAGAUUCAGGCAGGUACCGUGGAGAGGGUGGACUUACUCGGUAAGUUCUUCCAGAUCAUGGAGAGCAAGGAUGGGUGGGACAUACGGGAUAUCCAGAAUGAAGCGUGUGUUGCCAUUUUCGCUGGCAGUGACACCACCGCCAUCGCCAUCCGGUCCAUCCUUUACCACCUCAUGCGCCGUCCAGAAUGCAUGCGAAAGCUGGUGGCGGAAAUCGACGUCUUUGACAAUCAGGGCCUGCUGUCCAAGCCCCACAUUCGAUACACGGAAGCAAUGAAAAUGCCCUAUCUCGUCGCCUGCUGCAAGGAGGGAAUGCGGCUGCAUCCAAGCGUCGGCCUUGGGAUGCCGCGCCAUGUACCUCCUGGCGGGGCGACCAUUGCUGGUCGGUAUUUUCCUGCUGGCAGUCGUGUGUCCAUCAACGCGGCCGUCCUUCACUAUGACAAAUCGAUAUUCGGGCCUGACGCGGCGGAAUUUAACCCGGACAGAUGGAUCCAGCGUGAUGCAGCCCUGAUGGACCGACACAUGCUUCAUUUCGGCGGAGGUUCGAGGACUUGCAUCGGCAAGAACAUAUCGAUGGCUGAGAUACACAAGCUCAUCCCCAGCUUCCUGAGACGGUUCAAUAUCGAGCUCGCCGACCCCGAUAGAGGUUGGAAGACUGAGAACUUUUGGUUUAACAAGCAGACGGGCAUAUACACUUAUGUGACGGCCAGGUAG